UUUAUUUUUAAUGUUAGAUAAAUUGAAACUAUAUUUUUCUGUAUCUUAUAUAUAUGAAAAUCGUGAAAAAUGUUAAAAUUUGGUUCAAGACAAGACAGCAACAUAGUUUUUAAAUGCACGGUACGAUUGCUGGAAGAUACAGAAAUAUUAGAAUGUGAAUACAAGCCGCACCACAAAGGGAAAUAUUUAUUAGAAUAUGUUUGUCAACAAUUAAAUUUAAUCGAACAGGAUUAUUUGGGACUGAGAUAUGUUGAUUUGCAAGAUCAAAGACAUUGGUUAGAUUUAGGAAAAUCAAUCUGUAAACAAGUCAAAGAUCUCGAUCCUGUUUUAUUUAGUUUUCGUAUAAAGUUUUAUCCACCUGAUCCAUUUUGCCUUAAAGAAGAGAUUACCAGGUACCAAAUAUUUUUACAAUUAAAAAGAGAUUUACUUCAUGGAAGACUAUAUUGUGGAACUAAUGAAGCGGCAAUGUUAGCUGCUUUAAUUUUACAAGGUGAAUUGGGAGAUUAUGACAGUGAAAUACAUACAGGAAAUUAUGUAUCAGAUUUUAAAAUCCUGUUAAAACAAACUGACUCUAUAGAAGAUAAGGCAAUGGAGAUACAUCAAAAACAAUUAAAAGGACAAAGCCCGUCACAAGUAGAGAAUACAUUUUUAAAAUUAGCAUGUCAACUGGACACAUAUGGUGUAGACCCCCAUCCAGUAAAGGAUCAUAAAGGAUCUCAGCUGUACUUAGGAAUAAAUUAUAGUGGAAUUCUAACUUUUCAAGGAAGCAGAAAAACGCAUCACUUUCGAUGGCCGGAUAUACAAAAAAUCAAUUAUGAGGGGAAAAUGUUCAUCAUACAUUUAAACUAUAAUGAGAAGAAACAUACUGUAGGCUUCAAGUGUCCUUCUGGUGCUGCGUGCAGGCACGUCUGGAAGUGCGCCAUAGAACAGAUGCUAUUUUUUACUUUGGCCACCAGUUCUGAGGCACCAUCGGUGGUCACUGGUGGAGGAUUUUUCUCAUGGGGGACGAAAUUCAAGUACACGGGCAGGACGGAGAGGGAGAUCCUGGAGGACACGGGCUCGCCGACUAGAGAACAACCGAACAUACAACGUACGUCUAGUCUGAGAAGGAAAGCGUCCAGCGUGCCGGCGACGCCCUCGACGCCCCUUCAACCGCAUCUAGGGUACAGCAGUAGCUUGCCGAGGAGCAGCCACUCAGACGCGGGAGGUUCGAGGUUGGAAAGCAGCAGCAGCACUGGCUUGUUGUCCGGGUUGGACGGGAAUCCUGCGCACGCGCAGAUCUACAGCGACAUUGCAGCCUUGGAAACGGUGUGUGAGGAUCAGGAGGCGAUCGAGAGGUCCAAACUUCGCACCACUGUGCUGAAGGACGACUCGGUGGACCGAUUUAGUGACUACUACUUCCGCGACUCCUUCGAGCAUUCGUCGUCGGAGUCGCAGCUGUUAGAGAGCGGCUACCGCGACCGGGACCACGUGAAUCCCUCGCACAGGUCCAGUCGCAGCCAGACACCUCUGUCGCAUUCUCAGGUGGAUGGGAGGAUUUGCCUGCCGGCUACGCAACAGCCGGCGAAAAAGGUUAAAAAGUUCAAGGUAUUCAGGACAUUCGUGCCCGCUUUCCUCGUUGUGUCGCUGACCGUGUUCGUCGCCACUAUUUUGCUGUUGGAGACCGACACCAAGUUGUUCCACAGCAUCAGGAACAUACCUGAGGUGAUAUCGUUGAGAUAUCAGAUUUACGAACCCAUUAAACAGUACUUUCGGAACAAGAUUUUUUUUAGUGUCUAGUUGCGAUGGUGUCGAAAUGUUUGCUUGAGCAAUAUCCCGGUUUUAAACCUUGGCAUUUAGAUUUGGUGCUGAUAAACCAAGCAAAAGUUUCACACACAAUUUGUUUGAUAUUUACUUACAACGGUUAUGAAGUUGAAGAAACAGUUUGAUUAAGGAUUUUCCGUCACUUUAAUUUAAUUUGCCACUUCUAUAACUUAAUGUGAAAAGUGCCAUAAUUAAAUGAAUGUCCUUAAUCGAAUAUAUUUUUAAUUCUGUACAAAGUUCUCCUCUAUUCUUCAAUUCCACUGUUAACAGUUUCAUUAAAAAUAGAGCUUCGAGGUUUUUGGUAUGGGUAUAUAGCGUAAUAUUCAAGAAAUUUUAAAUAAUUUGCAUGCUAUUGUAAACACUCCAUUUAAAAAAAAUAUUUGUUUGUCGCUCUUUAUCUCAUUAAUUUUCUCUCUCCGAAAAGCCUUAAAUAUCCUAUAUAUACACUAGUGGUCAUUAUUAUAGCAAGUAUUUAAAACGUAUAUGACAGACACAAUUAUUUAAAAACUAAUAUUUUCUUGUUUUAUAGAAGGUUGCAUAUAUGUUUCUGAAUUGAGCUGGAGAUAAAUAUGGCAAUUUUAAUUUUAAAAGUAAUUUUUAUUGACAAAUGAGUAUUAUUUAAAUAUAUUAUA